CAUACCGAAGCCAUACUUCACAUUCCAGGUUUACUGUCAAAUCAGGAGAAAUAUUUCUUCAAAAACAUCAGCGUGGUUUGCAUUUGUAAAUGAGCUCAUGAGAUAAAGCCUGAAUUCCCUUUUUGCCCACUAUAGAGCAGAGGCUUGCUUUUAAGUCCUGGGUGUGAGGGCUCACGUAGGGGCCCAGGUGGAGCCGCCACCAUUGCAGCCAACGAGUGGAGCACCAACGGGAGCCCGGAGGAGGGGCAGGAGGAUGGAGCGGAUGAGAUGGACAAGGCCGGAAUGGACGGCGAUGCGGAGGGCGUCUGGAGCCCUGACAUUGAACAGAGUUUCCAGGAGGCUCUGGCCAUUUAUCCCCCCUGUGGCCGCAGAAAGAUCAUCCUUUCAGACGAAGGCAAGAUGUAUGGUCGUAAUGAGCUGAUAGCAAGAUACAUAAAAUUGCGGACUGGAAAAACCCGCACUCGAAAACAGGUGUCUAGUCACAUACAGGUGUUAGCCAGGAAGAAACUGAGGGAAUAUCAAACUGGCAUUAAGGAUCAGGCUUCCAAAGACAAAGCCCUGCAGAACAUGGCCGCUCUUUCCUCCGCUCAGAUCGUUUCUGCAAGUGUGAUGAAGAGUCAUCUGCCUCCUCUUCCUCAGCACCCCUACCCCCCUCCAGCCCGGUUUUGGCCAGGCCCCAUCCCAGGACAGCCUGGACCUUCUCAGGACAUCAAACCCUUUGCACCGAGUCCGUACUCCACCCUUCAGCCUCCACUGCCUAUACCCAUAUCAAGUUAUGAGCAGUUACCCACCCUGCAACCUCCGAGCGCCACUGCCAUGCCUGUGUGGCAGGACCGGACCAUUGCCUCCUCUAAACUCCGCAUGCUGGAGUACUCGGCCUUCAUGGAGCUCCAGAGAGACCCUGACACAUACAGCAAGCACCUGUUUGUCCACAUCGCCCAGACAAACCCCUCAUACACAGAUCCUCUCCUGGAGGCCGUGGACAUCCGUCAGAUCUACGACAAGUUUCCAGAGAGGAAGGGAGGGCUGAAGGAGCUGUAUGAGAAAGGCCCACAGAACGCCUUCUUUCUGGUCAAAUUCUGGGCUGAUCUGAACAGCAGUAAUGUUCAGGAUGGUGCAGGCUCAUUCUAUGGGGUCAGCAGUCAGUACAGCAGCGCUGAAAACAUGACCAUCACUGUCUCCACUAAAGUCUGUUCUUUUGGGAAGCAGGUGGUAGAGAAAGUCGAGACAGAGUAUGCGCGUGUGGAGGGCGGGAGGUACGUUUACCGGAUCCAUCGCUCACCCAUGUGUGAAUACAUGAUCAACUUCAUCCAUAAACUCAAGCACCUGCCAGAGAAAUACAUGAUGAACAGCGUCCUGGAGAACUUCACUAUACUGCAGGUUGUCACAAACAGAGACACACAAGAGACUUUGCUUUGCAUUGCGUUCGUGUUUGAGGUGUCUACAAGCGACCACGGAGCACAGUAUCACGUUUACAGACUCGUCAAGGACUGAAUGACUGCUUUGCCGAAAACAC